UAUACAAUACAACAAGGAAGAGUCACACACAGACACCCACACCUCUCCCACCAUUUCACCUUCCCUUUGCCUUUCUUUUUUUUUGUUUUUGUUUUUUUUCUUCUCUUUUUUCUACACCCAUUUGUGAGAUUCUUGCACUGCUCCUUUCUCUUCCACUGGAUUGUACAGAUUCCCAAUUAAUAACCCUUUUAAUCUCUUCACUUUUGAUUGAUUUUGGGCUUUUUCUGCUUUGAUUUUGCUCUUCUCUUCUUCUUCUCCUGUUUUCAUUCAUCUUUGUUGGGGUUUUUCAUACUUUUUUAGGCAAAACUCUUCUGGGUCUUUGAGCUAUUGCUUGUUUCUGCAAAUUCCCUUUUCUGGGUUGUUUGCAGAAGAGGGUUUUGUGCCCUGUAGCCUUGCGUUCAUAUCAAAGCUUGAAGAACAAACCAAUCAUUUUUUUUUUCCAUUUUUGUGUAAUUUUUGUGAAUAUUUUUGUUUUUUACCCAAUUUUUCUUUUGUAAUUUGCUUUAUCUUGUGGAGAAAUUUGUAAAAGGAAGAGAAGGAGAUGGGCAAGCAAGGGCCUUGCUAUCACUGUGGAGUUACAAGCACACCACUCUGGCGCAAUGGGCCUCCCGAUAAGCCAGUAUUGUGCAACGCAUGUGGAUCUCGAUGGAGGACGAAGGGAAGUCUUGCAAACUAUACUCCUCUUCAUGCUCGGGCAGAUCCUGAUGAGUACGAUGAUAAAAGACUCUCUAGGUUGAAGAACUCGUCCGUGUAUAAGAACAAAGAAGUGAAACUGCUUAAAAGAAAGCACUAUCAAGAUCAUGGAGUUGUGGUUGGGGUUAUCCCUGAUCAUGCUCAGAGCUUCCACAAGGCAGUGGAUGAAGAUACAAGUAAUAGAUCAAGUUCUGGAUCAGCCAUAUCGAAUUCCGAGAGCUGUGCACAAUUCGGUGGCGCCGAUGGAAGUGAUCUGACAGGUCCCUCACAGUCGACAGCUUGGGAGUCGAUGGUGCCUUCGAGAAAGAGGACCUGUGUUGAUCGUCCGAAGUCUACUGCAGUCGAGAAACUCACUAAAGAUCUAUACACCAUUUUACGUGAACAGCAGUCGUAUUUCUCUGGAUCUUCUGAGGAGGAUUUGCUUUUCGAGAGUGAAACUCCAAUGGUCUCCGUAGAGAUAGGUCAUGGAAGCAUUCUCAUGAGGCAUCCAAGUUCCAUUGCUCGAGAAGAGGAGUCGGAAGCAAGCUCAAUUUCAGUUGAUCAUAAACAUUUCUCUGUAAACGAGGCUUAUUCAGAGUCGUCCAUCGUUCCUUCUACUCUUGGAAUCGGGAGAAAGCACUCUAACGGACAGGCGUUCUUGCAGGAGCAAAUCAAAAAGGACAGGCCUCAGUCGGAGAAAGUGCAAGCGCUUGGGAAUCAUAAUUCGCCUCUCUGUAAUAUCGAUCUAACUAUCAUUCUAAACUUCAGAGAGUUUACGAAGCAAUUGACGAGUGGAGAUCAACGAGAAUUAAUGAAGUAUUUACCUUCUGUUGAUACUGAAGAGCUUCCAGACAGCUUGAAUAGCAUGUUUGAAAGCCCCCAAUUCAAGGAGAAUUUGAAUUCAUUUAAGCAGCUGCUCACUGAAGGAGUCUUCGAUUUCUCCUUUCCGGGUGCGAAACGAGAAGACUGCAAGAUGUUGAGUCGACUCGUGUUGUGGGAUUUGUCUAAAUCAAAAUGGGUGGAACAAUACGAUCGACUUAAGGUACGAUCUUAUCUUACGGGGAAUCAUGGUGAUCUUGUGAUUGACAACGUUUUUUAUGGGCUGCAGAAAUGUUCUACUAGCUUUGUGGAUGACAAGAGAUUGCUUGAUGGUCAAAACAAAAAGUUUUCAGAAACGAGGAUUACAAUGACGAGUCCGAGAAGGGUGACGACGAAGACUAGUGUAGAAAGCAAGGAACUCGUUGACGACAGUUUUUGCUUUAGUCCAAGAAGUUUAUUUGCUUUGCCAUCUGAUGGAAGUUCCUUCACAUUGGAAUCUCUACAUUUUGAUGAGGAUAGUUUUGACCAGGAUCUCUUGCUCGAUGUGAGGUCGAACAGCUCGUUCCCACAAGCGGAACUCCUGAGUUUUGGUGGUGAACAAGCAAGCAAUAGUAGUAGUUCGAUAAAUCUACGACUUAUGCAUCGUUGAAUACUAAAGUUUUAUAACUUAAAAAAGCGUAUUUCUUUUCUUGCUUGAUGAAGCUGGAAAUGAGAACCGUCUCGAUAUGGGUUAUGGUUGA